GUAAGUGUGUAGUGAAAAGUGAAAUUCGUGCAUGAUUCCCGAUCGGUGCGCUAGUGUGUCGUCGUCGCCAUACAGUGUCGCGUUCAGUGCGUUAGUCAACGAAAUUUGGGUAGAAAACAGUUGGUUAAAUGUGCAAAGUAUGAAAUUCAAAUAGAAUUAAAUAAUUUCUUAACAAACGAAACGAGAUUAUUUCAUAUUUUACGUGUACGAAAUAAUAACAGUACUUUGCGAAGUGCAUUCGCCGCUAGUAAAUGCAACAAAACGAUGAUUUUUUUUUUUACUUUGUUAUUGUUCUUAUUACGUGAAUGCGUUGCGGUUUGAAGGUGUUUGCAUGCGUUAAAUGCGGGUCGCCUGCUAUUGUGUUUGCGUGUAUUUGUGUUGAAUUCGUUGAUGUGUUUCUAGUUUGAGUCAUACCUGCGGAAAAAGAAACAAAUUCCAACGCAGCGCAAAGCAAUUGUAAGCCAAGUGGCGAAUGAGUGUGUGCAAAUAGAAUUGUAGAAUUAAAAGUAAAUAACUUAAAUAAAUGGCAAUUGCAAAUAAAAUAAAAAUAAAAUAGUAGAGUGAUGAUGAAUUAGCAAACACCGGAAGUGAUAAAAGUGUUGGAAAAAGUUGACAAGCCGAACUCAGUGCCUACUAAGUGCUCAUAUAUCGAUUGCAUUUUUCUCUAAUUGCAGUGCGUUUUUUGUUGGUGUAAAGACUGCAACAUAAUUAACCGGUAGUGUUUUACUGCAAACUUGUGCUUGCAAAGUUGUUCAACGACUUUGCAGUAGUUCUCGACAAAUUUUAGUGAAAUCGUGCUGCCACAAUAUAAAGCGCACGACUGCAACAAAUUCAACGCAAAACCACUACAACACUUUUGUGCAACAGUAACAUUAACAACAGCCAACCAAAAAAAAAGUAUAUAGAAAAAAAAUACCAAGGUAAAGCAUUUGCCAAAAGUUCUGACUAUAGCAGCACCUACUUUUGGGCACUUCAAUUCGAGUGCAUAGCCAGCUGCACCUACAUACGUUUGCAGGCCGGAAAUGCCAGCGUGCUAAGUAACUUGUGAAAGUCGCCAACUCCUUUGUGCUAUGCUUUUGAGUGCUUGGUUGCAUACAUAUACCAAAUCCUUUUACAUUGUGCCGACUUUUAGUGUUUUCUGGGAAUAUUGAGUCAGCCCGAUAUUUGUACGUCCCUAGCGUUGAUUCAUCUUAGCUGGACAAUAAAUAAACGACAUCUACAGAACGGAAGCUGCCGCACUUGCAACAUUUUCAGUGGCAUAUUUUUUCACUGCUGACUUCUUUUUCCUGCGGGCAGUGGAUAGCGCUUUUUAAGCUAUAUAUCCACAUAGUAUUUUCUGUCCCCAACUUUUUAAUGGAAUAAUUAUGUCAUGGGAUCGUGUACGCGACGACACUUUAUGCUGUCAACAUGCUUGCUGCAAAUGAUAACAAUUAUCGAACGCCAAGUAUUCGACUUUCUCGGAUAUAUGUGGGCGCCCAUUUUGGUCAAUUUCUUUCACAUAAUUUUCAUUAUAUUGGGAUUUUAUGGAGCAUAUCACUUUAGAAUAAAAUAUAUAAUAACGUAUUUAAUAUGGAGCUUCGUUUGGAUUGGUUGGAAUGCUUUUCUCAUAUGCUUUUACCUGAAUGUAGGCAUAUUGGAUCGGUCGAUUUCGUGAAUGGCGACGCCAAGAGUCCCCAGCACACGGUGGUCCAUCCAAUGUACGUGAGCUACAGCAGCAUACCGACCUCGGCUAGCGCUAGCGCUACAUUGCUCUCAAAUAAGCAUCACAACAAUCACCAAGCACCACUUAACAAUAACAACCACAACCACCAAAUUCAUGCGCAACAACAGCAACUGCAACUGCAGCAGCAACAACUCCACCAUCAUCAGCAACCAAAUAAUUUUAACAGUAACACAUUUCUAAUACACACAAACAGCAUCAGCAACAACAGCCAUAGCCAUCAUAGUCAUAGUCAAGGUCAGAGUCAGAGUCAGAGUCACAGUCAUAGCAAUAGUCGCAGCCGCAGCCACAGCCGCAGCAAUAGCCAGAGCGGUGGCAACGGCGUCGGCGGUGGUGGCGGCGGYGCGUCAAAGAAAGGUCGUGGCGGCAGUGGCGGCGGCGAUGGCAACAGCAACUAUCACAGCGCGAGCAAAAAUAGCACCUUAACACGCAUACUUUACAGUCCGAAGAGUAGCAAUAAGAUUGGCGCCACGACGGGCAAUACGAUUGUGGUGGCAACGGAGAUGUUGCAGCGUCARCAAUCGCUGCCACAAACGCAUACCGCCAAUUUACAUGGCGCGCAGCAUUAUUAUGACGACAGCACCGCCAAGGCGGAUCAGCUGUAUACGAACAGCAAUCGACGACAGUUCUUGAACGGCGCAACAACAUAUCAACAACAGCAGCAACAACAACAGCAAGUUGGCACACCGAAUUCGUCGACGCACGACAACACCACCUCGUCGCUCUCGUACGCUUCGCUGCAGAAUUCCAAUUUGAAUUUGACACAGAGCUUGCGCGGUUUCGGCGGCGGCGGCCCCGGUGUUGGGUUCGCUUACACCGGCACCGGCAGCGGCGGAGUAAGGCAUGUUAACAAGAAGUCCAAGCACCGCCAAUCGCUCUACUCCAUCGAAUUCGGACCCAGCAUCGACACGAUACGCAGUCGUGCCGACACCAUACUCGACUACGACGAUCACCUGCAUGGCCGUGACGAUGGCGGCGAGUUGUCGCCGAAGCCGAUGACACCGCGACGCGUCAAGCGGCGUUCGGUGAUGGCGCGCGGCACGAACAGCCGCCAAUCGACCACCAGYCGGCGCAGUCAUCAUGGACGCGGCGAGCGCGGUGAAAGCGGCACACAUGGCAGCAGCAGCAGCGGUGGCGGCACACAUCCGCGUAAUAGCACACGCAGCUCGCGAAGGAAAUAUCAACAGAACCCGGUGACUAAACUCUUAGAUCAGCAACAAUUACAAUUGCAGCAGCAGCAACAGCAACAACAGCAUAUCCAUCAUCAUCAUUCGCAUGGCGGCCAUCAUGGCCAGCCGAAACAGAAGUUGGGCUCAUUCCAACACAAGGAAGUACCAGCACCCCUGACGGCCUCGAAUUUGCAGACCCUCAACCAGGAAAUUAUAAAUAAUACAAGCGGCAGCACAGUUGUAAGUGCCGCGGCAACUGAUGCCGGCGGUACUUUGAAUAAUAUUUUACUGAGCRGUGGCAGUCUCACGAAAACCAAUAAUAAUCAUUAUCAUAGCUUUCGUAAGAAUAUACCGCCCGAUCCGAUUUAUUACAACACCAAUGCGCAGACGGGUCUCUACCAACAAACGUGGCAAUCGAAUUCACAAUCACCGAUUGUGGGCGAUGAGCCACCACCUACGCCAACACUGACUCCCACACUAGCCGGUCACUUCAAUCCGACUUAUCAACAUUCGACGACGAAUCUCAAUGACGUGGAACACGUCGACGAGUUGUAUAACAAUCGACCGCCUUCGGUACGUUCCAGYUAUUCGAAUUUCCACGGCACGCGGCCGCUCUCUUCCUACUUGUCGAACUCGGCUGCUACGGAGAAUGUAUUCGCCGGCUUAACUGGCGCUGCUACACAGUCGCCGUCUGCUGGUACGCAGCAGGCGCAGCAACAACAACAGCAGUCACAACAUUUGCCAAUUCUACCACCAUUGCCGCCGCAUGUGGCCCCAGCCACACCGCCCUUGUAUCAAACGAAUCCGCUGCAUCAACAUCCGCAUGUGGCUGGUCAACAGCAUAUACCGCCCUUGCCAUCGCCAAAUUUCCMCAGCACGUCACCGCAGAAUAUACCUUUCGGCAAGCGAACUGCGUCGCGUGAGAGUAUACGAUCUAUGGCGUUCCUGAAUAGCGGACCACCAGCCUACAAUCUUAACUAUCACACGCCACCCGACUCAGAGACGACAAUGUAGUUGAGGUGGCCUAYAUAUAAGCAGAGAAGAAGCAGAAGCGUAAAUUGUGGAAGCUCGAUAGCGCGGGAAGACCAAUUGUGCUUAACUUGACUACAACAAAAACCGUCCAACUUGACUGGGUUGUAAAUGUUACGUUGUAAACUAUUUAAUGUAAAUUAAGCCCUAGAAAUACAUAUAUAUAUACUUUGUCUAAAUAUAUACAUAAACUGUGCCUAAAGUUUUAUGGUUAAUUCAAGCUUUGGAAAAGCAAAAGCUUUCAGUAGAAACUUAUUUAGAAAAUAUAUUUAUAAGCUUAAAUAACGGAUUUUUAGAUACUUUAAUAUACCUUUACUAAGUUGUAGUUGUAAAGCGGCAAUUUUAUGAAAGCUUUAUUAAGAGGUGCCUUCGCAUUUACUUUCUAUAUGAAAUUUUCAUAAACUUUAAACAUAUGUAAAGUGAAAUGAUGACAAACUUGAAGUUAAAGCAUUCGAAGUCACCCACUACACUUUGAACAUGACAAACUUGAAGUUAAAGCAUUCGAAGUCAACCACUACACUUUUGGUGAGUUACUAACACACCUGAAAUGAAACCUUUUGAGAUCAACCACUACAGUUUUGGAGAGCUUCGGAACAUUAAAUUUUUGUAAAUUUUAUAUUUAAAUGAAAGCUCUCAAAAUCAGCCACUACAAUUUUGGAGAGCUUAAUAGUCACACACUUAAGGUGAAAGCUUUCGAUGUCAACCACUAAAUUUUGGACAGCUUGAGUCAUCCUUUUAAUUAUACAAAUGUGUGCCUUUAAGUAGUAAUUACUUUUAUUGAAGCUUUCAUUCAUUUUAAACUAACUAAAAAAUUGAAAGCUUCCAGUUAAUAGAAAAGAGAUGUACAGCUACAGCAUUAAGUUGGUGAGAGCUUUCAUUUCAUAAAGCUCACAAUAAAAUCUUGCACAAGUAAAGCUUWAAUUUUCUAAAUUUUUUUUUUUGUUUUAUAGUUUGUAACCUAUAUUUAUGGAAAACUAAGUACUUAGUUUGAGAAA